AUGUGGACACAGGCGUUUACGUAAGUCAAGGCUUUAUUGUGCGACUUGCGGGUGACAUGUUAUACGUUUUAUGAUUGGGUACGGGUUUUUAUGGUAAGAAAUGAAAGUAGGGAGGAAAAGGGGUAGGGUAAAGGAAAAAAGAAGGCGAUGGGUAGAGGGAGGUUAAAAGAAGGGGUGAUGAAGAGAUAUAGUUUAAUAAAGGGCAAAGGUUAACGUGUAGAGGAAUGGUGAGGGGAGGGGAAGGUGUUCUUGCCAUUUUAUGUCUUUUAAAGAAAGUUCUGGUUGUUUUCUGCUUUGUAAAGAAACUUCUUGCCAUUUUAUGAUUUGUAAAGAAAGUUCUUGCCAUUUUAUGAUUUGUAAAGAAAUUUCUUGCUAUUUACGCUUUAAAAAAGCCAUUUCUGAAUUCUGCAGCCUGCGGGUAACAACUUAUACGAUAAAUAUAACUUUUGUCUACUCAAAGUUCAACUCUCCCAACCAAGUAUAAUGUGUCAAUGUUUCAAACGCCAAUUUAUAUAAAUGUAACACUGGUUAUUACUCCCACCAGCUCUGGUCCUAAUGGGUUUGCGUAGAAUAUCAUCACCUUCUAAUUGGACUGAUAUAAAUAUAGUUUUCGGGGCGGUUUCGGAAUAACUUUCGCGGUAAUCCCAUUUUGGCGCUGUUUUACGUUUUUUCGACCGGUUUUCGGCCGAAUUUUAAUAAAUUUUUUCAAAUUUUGGCGUUUUAAAAAAGUUCUUGCCAUUUUUCGACCUGUAAAGAAAGUUCUUGCAAUUUUGUGCUUUGUAAAGAAAGUUAUUGCAAUUUUUUGUUCUGUAAGGAAAGUUCUUGCCAUUUUUCGAUUUGUAAAGAAAGUUCUUGCUACUUUUUUCUGUAAAGAAAGUUUUUGCUAUUAAACUUAAAAGUUUUAGUUGUGCAGUUUGCAAGUGACAAGUUAUACGAUGAAAAAGAUUUUUUUGGGUUAUAAAAAUAUUGUGGCUGGGCGGGGUGAUUUAUAUUUGGAAUAUUAAAGGGGUAGGGGUUCAAAUUUUUUUUUGUAAAACGCAAGUACCCUACCUUACCCUACCCUACCCUACCUUAUACUUCAUGUUAACGUACCCUACUGUACCCUACUCUAACUUACCCUACCCUACUCGACCCUAUCUAACAUAUCGUACUCUACAUUACCUUAUCCUAACACACCGUACCCUACCUUAUCUUACUCGAACUUACCUUACUCUACUUUUUACUUACCUUAAAAUCCAUUACCAUACCCCCUGAUCUUUAUUUUUCUUCCUCAUUGCUCACUUCUCUUCCUCAUAAGCUCAUUACCCCUGCCUAAACUUACGAAACCUUAAGUUUUGUUUAAAUUUAUGGAUUAUUUCCAGCCGACUGCUCAAAUUUUGGGUCGUUUUUAGCCAAACUGCAAUUUAAUAAACCAAAAACGCUGCCAAAACAAUCCCCAGAUUGUAAAUAACGCGGCCGAAUAGGGGGGUUAUGUUAAUUCGAAUUUGGCUAAUUUUAAUUCCACACGCGAUAUAGUUUUAAACAAGUUGAGGACAAGAAAAGGCACGACUCCUCAAGUUGGCGGUAAAGUGGGUAAUAUUGUUGUGAAAUGGGCUACAUUUUUAGAUAAAAUUUUUUGUUUUUAGGCCUUUUGUAGGCAUUUUCAGACCUUUUUUAUUGACUUAAAGUAGGGUAGGGAAAAGUAAUGUAGGGCACGGACGUUUGUGGGGGUUCGGGGAGACUCCCCCCCAGAGCCGAUCUGAAAAAAAUGUACAGGUACCUGUACGUGAAAAAACGAAAAAAAAAUGUUUUUGGGUUCCACCCCCCAAAGAAAAACCCUAACGACGUCCCUGAUGUAGGGUCAUGUAGGAUAGACAUGAAGAACGGGCCGGCUCAGCCGGUUUCCACGUUAAAAAAAUUUGGACCAGGCCGGGUCUGAGCAAAAUUUUCGAUCGGCCGGGCCUAACAUUCGGUCCGUUCUUCAUGUUCAAUGUAGGACAGGGUAGAGUAAUGUAGGGUCAUUUAGCACAGGCUAGGGUAACAUUUUCUAGUACAAGCUGGUUUAAUAGGCUAAAAGAUAUAUAUUGUGCGGCCUGCAGUUGACAGUUUAUACGAUGAGUGGGGUUUUUUAGCAUUUUGGGUAGGGUUAGGCGUUUUGCUCGUAAUAAUAAUGGGAUGAUAAAAUUAAAGUUUUUUUUGGCUAGGCCGGCAAAAAACUAAGUUAUGGUUAGGGCUAGACUAAAGCUAGAGCUAGGGCUCUGGGCUAGGGCUCUGAACUAGGGCUCUGGGCUAGGACUCUGGGCUAGGGCUCUGGGCUAGGGCUCUGGGUUAGGGCUAGAACUGAGACUUUUCUGACGCUUGAAUUUAGGGUAGUGUGAGGGGCCUUUCUGGGCGCGGGCCAGUGGAAUUAAAGUUUUUGUUUGGCUAAUGUAAGCUUAGGGUAUGGGCAAAAGAAAAAAUAAGUUAUGGCUAGGGUAGAGUAAUUUAAGGGUGAAGCUCAGGCUGGAACUUGCUGUAGGGAUAAGGUUAGAGUUAAGGUUAAGACUAGGGCUAGGGCUAGGACUGGGAUUCUGGUCUAGGGCUCUGGGCUAGGGCUAAGGCCAGGGUUAGGGCACUAGGCUAGGGCUAAGGCUAGGGCUAGCGAUUUUGGGAUUCUAAGGAGCCUAACACAAAACCCACUUAAAAUUACUCUCAUUGGUCUAUUCCCGUCUACAUUACCCUUAUAUUUUUUUUCUACUACAUAUAGUAUUUAGGUAACACUUUUUGAUAUUAUAGGUUGUAGCCAAGCUUGCAUUGUCUUCUCGACCACUCUCCAACCUUAUUCCCAAACUUAUUUCGAAACUUUGUAUGAAUGACUGGAAGGUAAUUUCCCAAGAAAUUAAAAUUAUGUCGUUAAAUGGGUUCCAAAGGCAUUUCCGGCCGUUUUACCGAUUUUUCCUUCGGCCACGUCUGGCCAAAAGUUACUAAAGCCGCUUAGGGGAUGUUCAAGGGGGCUUGCAACAUUGGGACGGGGUAAUGUAUAGCGUGAUGGUUGGGUUCGGUGAAGUAGAUGAAUGUGUGGUAGGGUAGGGUAAGGUAGGACAGGUUAAGUUGUGUUAAAAUAGGUUAGGGUAAUAUCUUUAGGCCUGUUGUCAAAUCUACCUUACCUUCCCCAAGGUAAGGUAGAUUUGGCAACAGGCCAGGCUGAAAAAUCAGGGCCUGGCCCAGGUUUGUUUCAAUAUUUUCUUGGCUCGGCUUAACUCGAUUCGCAGGCCCGAUUGCCAGGUUCAGAGUAGGGUCAAUGAUCGUAGGGUAGGGUAGCAUGUAUUGUAACGCAGGAUAGGGCUACUUAUAAAAUGAGAUGAAGAUGAAAAUAUUGGGUGGGGUAAAAAGAGGGGAAGUGAAAGUAGGGCUUAGGUUUAGAAGUAAAAACAGUUAAAAGGGGAAAGGCGGAGUAAACGAAAAUUUUUUUUGCCGGUAGGGUGGUGCAAAAAAACGUGAAAAUGGAGGGUAGGGGUAAAAAAAAGUUCUUGCCAAUAGGGGGUGGGGUAAAACAAUCUUGGUUAGAGUAGGGUAGGGUAAGGCUUAAAAAAUUGUCAAUUCAUGAUUUUUCGGCCGAUUCUCGUCAGUUUUUUUUUCUUUUAAAAACAUGAGUACGUAUGUAUAAUAAAUGCGACAACCGGGGUGGGAAAAACUUGAAAAAACGGGACAUUUUGCCGCAGGACUUAUCCUUAUUUCCCCCUCCCCGACUUUCUUAAGUGGAUUUAUUACACAUGUUUAGCUAUUCAUAUCGCUUAUUGUAAACAGCGGGGUGAGUUCGAAACACAGUAAAGUGGUAUAGUAAAAAUGGAGAUGUUAAGCAAUUUUUUAAAAAAAAUUAUUUUUGAUUUGGGGGGGGGGAGGUGGGAGGAGGGAGGGGUGAAAGAGAGGGGCAAGUUUGUCAACAGGGGGAGGGGGCGUGUAUUUCUAGAAUCAGCUUGAGAUAAGGUGAUAUGGCAUGGUUAGUUUAAGGAUAGGGCUGGGCAUGCUGAACAUUUGGCUAGAGCAUAAAAUCUCCUAAAGUAAGGGCAGGAUAAGAAUUGAAUAAGAUUAGGACAAAGACCCACUUCCCUGCCUUGCCUUGUCAUGCCCUACCCUUGCCAUGCCUUAAGAUUGCCAUGCCCUACCUUUCUCAUGUCUUUCCUUUGUUAUGCCAUGAUUUUGUCAUGCCUUACCUUUGUCAUGCUUUACCCUUAUCAUGCGUUACUUUUGUCAUGCCCUACUCUUAUCAUGCUCUACCCUUACGAUGCCCUACCUUGUAAUGCCCUACUCUUGUAAUGCCCUACUCUUGUCAUGUCCUACUCUUGUCAUGCCUUACCUUUGUCAUGCUCUGCUCUUGUCAUGCCCUACCCUUUUUUUUGCCUUACUCUUGCCAGGUCCUACCCUUGUCGUGCCUUUUCCUUGCAUUGCCCUACUCUUAUAAUGCUCUACCCUUGUCAUGCCCUACUUGUCAUACCCUGCCCUUGCUAUGCCCUUUCCUUGCCUUACUUUUUUAUGCCCUACCCUUGUUAUGCCCUACCCUUGUCAUGGUAAUAACAUGCCCUACCCUUGUUAUGGUAUAGGUAUACAUUUACUCUGUUCUACCUUUGCCAUGCUUUAACAUUGCCUUUCUUUACCUUACCUACUAAAGUAAAAAAAAAAUUUUUUUGAAUUAAAAAAAUUUCUUGAAAAUUGAAAUUUUUUUUGAUUUUUUAAAUUUUUUUUAAUUUUUAAAAUUUCUUUUUUCAGCGGCGACGAAGCGCUGCACCCGGGUCGCCACUCUGACAUGUUUUUCCAUGCGACCUUGGCCCGGUCCUUUAUUCAGUCGCUGCGGUUGCGCGGCGACGACGACUUUGUGGACCGCCUCAACUACUACUACACGCCCAUCAUGCUGGCGGUGGCUUGUUUGAUUAUUAGUGCUAAACAGUACGGCGGAACGCCGAUUGAGUGCUGGGUGAAUCCGCAUUCGCGCGAGUCCAUGGAGGAGUACAUCGAGAGCUACUGCUGGAUUCAGAAUACCUACUUCAUACCCAUGUAUGAGAAUAUACCGGAUGAUCAUCAGACUAGGGAGAGUAGGUUUAUUUUUGAUUUUUUUUGAAAUUUUUAGGCUUUAUAAUGGAAGUUUUAGAAUUUUAAAAAUUUCUGUUAUUUUUUGUUUUCUAAAGAAAGUUCUUGCCACUAUUUGUGUUGUAAAGAAAGUUCUUGCCAUUUUUUGUUUUGUAAAGAAAGUUCUUGCCAUUUUUUGUUUUGUAAAGAAAGUUCUUGCCAUUUUUGUUUUGUAAAAGAAGUUCUUGCCAUUUUUUGUUUUGUAAAGAAAAUUCUUGCCAUUUUUGGUUUUUAAAGAAAGUUCUUGCCAUUUUUUGUCUUGUAAAGAACGUUUUUGCUAUUUCUUGCCUUGGAAAGAAAAUUCUUGCCAUUUUGUGUUUUGUAAAGAAAGUUCUCGUCAUUUUUUAUUUUGUAAAGAAAGUUCUUGCUAUUUUGUGUUUUAUAAAGAAAGUUCUUGCCAUUUUUUGUUUUGUAAAGAAAGUUCUUGCCAUUUUUUGUUAUUAUUGUUUUUUAAUUUUGGAAUUUUCAUUUUUUGGAAUUUAAAAUUUUAUGCCCUUUCCUAAACUUUUUAGAUUGCUUCCAACCUCUAUAACUCAACUGUUUUAUACCUAAUCAUUAAAAGCAGUGUCCGACGAUAAAAAUUGGUUUUAUUCCAGAUCCCCCGAGACGAAAGAGUCUAUAACAAUAUAAUUUUUAUAGGUAAUAAAGCCACAACAGAAUUUUUGUUACAUAGUUAUGAAAAUUCUUAAAAAGUGCCAUUUAUUACUAAAUUUCAAAAAAAAACAGUUAACUAAGCGACAGCACCAUGCAAAAAAUUUUUUUGACUGCACCGUGCAGUGUUUUUUAAUUCCACUGUGCAGUCUUUUUCACGUUGCACUGUGCAACGCUUUUUUGGUUGCACUGUGCAGUAAAUUUCCUUUUCUUUUUGCACCGUGCAAACAGAAAAAAUGGCAACAACUUUUUUUCACAAAACAAAAAAAUAGCAAGAACUUUCUUUACACAACAAAAAACAGCAAAAACUUUCUUUACAAAACAAAAAAUGGCAAGAACUUUCUUUACAAAACAAAAUUUUUUUUUGAAUUUUAAAAUUUCAAAAAAAAUUGUAAAAAAUUUUAAAAAUCAUUUUUCAGACCGCCAAAUCGGCUAUUACCAAUGGGUACCCUUUAUUUUGAUAGCCGAAGCUUUGAUGUUCUCCUUGCCAUGCAUAAUGUGGCGUUUGUUGAAUUGGCAGACGGGUUUGAAUAUUCAGAAUAUCGUGGCUUCGGCUUGUGAUGCCAGGACGGUGAUCGAGCCAGUAGAGAAGGAAAAGAUACUGGAAGCCAUAAGUGCGUCGGUUGUUGAUGUACUUGACCUACAGGAUCCAUUGGUCACGCCACAUCCGGCUUCUAGUGUUUUUGGUCGAUUUAAAUGCACACGGUGAGAGAUUUUGAUAAUAUUGAGCUUAGACUAAUGCUUUGGCUUAGAAAUUAGGUUUAGGUUCACGCUCAGGCACAAGCUUAGGCUUGGUCUUAGGAUUAGGCUUAGGCUUAGGCUUAGGCUUAGACUUAGGCUUAGGCUUAGGCUUAGGCUUAGGCUUAGGCUUAGGCUUAGGCUUAGGCUUAGGCUUAGGCUUAGGCUUAGGCUUACGCUUACGCUUACGCUUACGCUUACGCUUACGCUUAAGCUUAUCCUUAGGCUUAGUCUUAGCUUUAGGCUUAGGCUUUAGCAUAGGCUUAGCUUAAGGCUUAUUGCUAUGCCUAGGCUUAAGUUUAGGGUUAGACUUAUACUUCAGCUAAGACCUUACCUUAGGCUUGUAUCUAGGUCUAGGGUUGUUGGGCUUUGAGUUCUGCUUCAGCUUAGACUUAGGCAUUAACUUAUGUCUCAGUUUUGGCUUUAGCUUAGGUUUAGCCCUAUCGUUAAGCUUAGGCUUAAGCUUACGCUUAGAUUUAUGAUCAGCCAAAGUUUGAAGGUCAUGUUUAAAGGCUUGGCUUUUAGAGUGGGCUCAGCCUUAGCUUCAGCCUUAUCCGCAGCCUUAGCCCUAACCCUAGUUCUAGCCUUAGCCUUAGCGCUAGCCCUAGUUUUAGCCCGAACCCUAGCCUAAAUCCAAGCUCUAAAAUUGCUAAAACCUGAUCAAACGAACUUUAUUUUUAGGUUACUAAACGGCCACUACGUCACAUUUCUCUACAUUUUCAUCAAAAUGUGCUACACUCUGAACAUCCUCAUCCAGUUCAUGCUAUUAAACGCAGCACUAAAAUCCGACGAGUACCUACUCUUCGGCUUUCAAGUACUCUCAGACCUCUGGCAUGGUCAACCGUGGAGUGAGAGUGGUCAUUUCCCGCGAGUUACGUUAUGUGACUUUGAGGUACGAUAUCUGGCCAACACCAAUAGGUAUACGGUACAAUGUGCACUGUUAAUCAAUAUUAUCAAUGAAAAGGUGUUCGCCUUCUUUUGGUGCUGGUAUUUGGUACUCGCCAUCAUUACUACGUAAGUUUUUUGAAGUUUUUUGGUUGGAGUUUAGGCUGAAAUGGCAGUGUUGGAGGUAGAUUUUUAAAAAAAUGGCAAGGUGGUCAUUAUUUUCACAAAAAAAUAGAUUUUUAAAUUAAAAAAAAUGUUUUGACGAAAUUUGAUGAUUACAUUUUGAAGAGCACAAAAAAUUGUCUUAAUGUCAUAAAUUUUAAUUUGAUAUCAUUUUUUGUCACAGUUAUGACCAGUUGAAAAAGUCGAAAAUACAAAAAAGUUCGAUUCCGCUUGGAAACCAAUGGCUUUUUUGAAACUUUUUUUGGUUUUUAAAAUAAAUUUGUUACCUAAAAUGAUAAUUUUAAGAUUUUAAAUUAAAUUUGUAACCUAAAGCAACAGGGGGGGGACACGUUCAACUUUUUUUUCGGAAAUUUUUUUCUGGGGGGGGGGUUCCCCCCCCUCUUCUCGUCCACCCCCCUCCCUCCCUCAGCGCCCGACUCUGAUUAGAAUAUAUUUGUUACCUAAAAAGCUCAGUUUACUUUUCAAAACAGUUUAUUUAGUUCUAGUCCUACUUCUAGUGUUAAUUUUAGUCCUGGCCCUAGUCUUCACUCUGUUUUUUGGCCAUAACUUUAGUUCAAGUUCUAGCAUUUUUCAAUACUUGCCCCCCCCCUCCCAUACCUCAAUAUUGAUUAUACCUUUUGCUCUACGUCAAUAUUUCCAGAUGUUCCUCCGUCUUCUGGCUAACAAACUGUUGUUUCCAAUCAGAAAAGGUGGAUUACGUCCUCAAAUACAUGCAAAUCGCCGAAUCCAAUGACAAGAAGCGCCGUGCCAAGAUGUUCUCCACCUCGACCACCUCGAAUCAACGUGAUUCGGUGGAUUGCAAAGAGCUUGGUGUCCUGCCCAACACGUAUCUGCUUCACAAGUUCGUGUCCGAGUUCCUGAAAACGGAUGGCAUCUUCACGUUAAGGUUGAUGGCGAAUCACGCUGGCGAACUGGUGGUGAUGCACGUGAUCCGCGCGUUGUGGCGUGAGUUUUGCGAACGGAAUUGGAAGGAGAUUGAGGAUUACACGUCGUUCCGAAUGCAUUCGGUCAAGACCAACAACAACAAUAGGCGCGACUCCCAGUGCAACAAUCGCAAGAACUUUGGGUUGCGGAUGGAACAGAGCGCGUGAGUUGCCAUUUUUGGUUAGAACUGUCUUUUUAUUACCUAAAAAAGUCGGUAAAUUAAGGUAGGGUAGGGAAAGGUAGGGUAAGGUUGGGUUGGGUAGGGUAAAGUAGGCUAGGAUAAGAUAGGGUAGGACACUGUAAGGUUGGGCAGGACAGGAGGAGGGCAGUUUAAGGUUGGGUGGGUAGGGUAAGGUAAAGUAGGGUAGGGUAGAGUAUAGUAAGAUAGGAUAAGAUAGAGUAAGACACUGUAAGGUAGGGUAGGGGGGAGGGCAGGUUAAGAUUGGGUGGGUAGGGUACAGUAGAAAGAGUAGAAUAGCCAAUGCCAAGCCCUCACCAAAGCUUCAAUUUGCCUAGUUCUAUCCUUACCAUGCCAUACCUUAUUCCAAGCCAAUUUCGAAAAUUUUUGCCUUCCCCUCCCCCUUAUGAAGAUUGGGUAGGGUAGAAGAAAAAUGCUAUAAGAUUGGGAUAGGGCAAGGAAAUAAUAAGACCAGUGGUGACAGGGCAGGGUAAGAUACGUCAGUUUUUGAAAAAAAAAGGGAAGGGGUGGAUCAUGCUAAAAUUUUGAAUUUUACUUUGACUUACCCUACUAAGCCUUACUCAAGGCUAACUGACUGUACCCUACCCUACGCUUCCACUACGCUACCCUAUCCCACUCUAUUUUACCUUACCCUACUUUACCUUUUCUACCCCACCCAAGCCUACCUUAAUUUUCCCUACCUCAAGAUAUAAUACAAAGCUUUAAACUAUACUCUCCGCCCUUCCAUAGCACAUUAACCUUAAAGAUUCAGUUAUUACAGUGCCAAAUCGAAUCAUUCGGUGCAUUCGGAGCCGGUGAUAAUCGCGUCCUCGAUAGCACCACGACUGGCCGACUCCAUACACAGUGAAAAGGCAAUACUAUGA